UUGUACUUUAUCCUCAGUAAAGGAAGUUAGUGUAAACAAAAGUGAAGUCUACGAUACACGACUACACGACUACGCUACUCUUUUUCUUACCGUUUACACAGUCAUUAGUGGAUUGGUUGUGUUACACAAGUGAAGGUGUGGCCCAUACAUAUUACAACUGUGACUCUGUUAUAUUUAUUCUCUAUAUUUUUUAAGAUCAUAUUUCAAGCAAUUCUUUGGAUGUUUAUGAACAAUAAUACAUAAUAAUAAUGUAUCAAACUAAUUUGAUCUAUUUGAGCGUGUGUCUGUCGACCCUUUUCGCUUUAAGUGUAAGUCAAACGUAUUCUCGUGAUGAUCCUUCAAACAAUGCGCUACCACCAGACUCGAGAAAAACUGUGAUUGAUUCAAUAUCAAAUUCAAGCCUACUUAAGACCGAGAUCAAUGGACUUAACUUUAAUAAAGAUAUAAAUAUGAACCCAUCGCCAUCGCAAUCUUCGGAUCACCCAGCAUUACCAGACAUAAAUUUCAUAAAUAGUUUAUUUUCUGAUAUUGACGAAGGGGAAGUAAAAGAAAACAGCCCUGCAGGUAAAAUUAAAACUAAGCAAAUUAACUUAACAAGUAGGGAGCCCCCAGCUCCCACCCCACCUAUGCCUAUAUUGCCUGAUAUUGAUAACUUGUUUGUUGAAGAAGACAAACCAGUCCCAGCAUCUCUUUCUUCUGAUGAAGCAACUGAGAACAACAAAGGCCAUACUACCACUUCACCUGCUGGGGGCCUUGAUCUAUCAGAUAUUGAUAUUGAUAGUAUUAUUGGAGAAAAUGAUGACACUGACAGUAUCCCUACUUCUCUUAGACCUAAGCCUACUCCAAGAGACAGUAUUAUCACUGAAGCAGUCACUGAUAAUAAACCAAAGCAAAAUCAACCAUCUACAGUAUUUCCAGAUUUAAAUAGCAUUUUAAAAGGCAAUGAUUUCUCCAUUAGGGAUGGCGAAAAUGAUAAUGCUGAUAGUGAUAAAGAAAAUGGAGCUGUAUAUACGGAGACAGGUAACUUUUCUUAUUGUUUUUGUUUGUUUUCUAGUUUAAUUCAGUUAUUGUAAAAAAUGUUUUUCAAGUUUAAUACUGAGAAAACAAAUAGACUUGUGCUUUGUAAAGUGUGUCAGAAGUACUAGUAAAAAAGUAUAGACUAGUGCCAUGAAUAAAUACUGAUAUCACAUAAAUCAGGGUUCUCAAACUCAAAUCAUCCGGGGGCCGCAGGAUGUAGAGUAUGAGUGAGACUGGGCCGCAUGAAGUAAAGAAAAAAUCGAUUACAAAUUCAAUAAAGUACAACUGGUACAAUCUGCACAACCUUGAUUAAGUUGAUUUAUAAAAAAAUAAAAACAUUAAGCCUUAAAUUAAGGGUUCUUAAGAACUAGGCUUCACUUUCUUUCUCCUACUCCUUGUUGCAAUAGACGUGGCAGCACUUCAUCUUACACAGCUGAGCAACAUUUGGCAUGAGUGAGGAAGCAACUGAGACCCUCAGUAUAGCUUGAAGAUGCUCAUCAGUAAGUUUGGCCUGAAUUUUGACUUGUUCAAUCACAUGGUGGAAAAGAGCUUUUCACACAGGUACUCCCAAAAAGGCACAUGAUCCGCUUGAGCAACCUGGACAUCUCAAGGAAGGUCGAUGGCACUACUCUUAUAAAUUAUCCGUGCUUGUUUGUUUCUACAUUCACUCCCUGAAUUUAGAAUUGUACUGAAGAUCAAUCAGCUCCAUUUGAAGCUCAAGUGGGGGGUGGGGGCACAUCUUCCACUUUAAAAGAGAAAGGAUCAGCAGAAAGUUGAAAAGUUGCUCUUUGUGUUGUGAAGUCUAAAAACCUGUGAUCAAGUUCUUCCUGUAGCUUUGCAAUGGCAUCAGUAUACUUACUACUGAAUGGUGUGCCAGAGUCCAUGGUCACUUUUCAUGUUGGGAAAUGGCAGGGGUUUCUCUCAGAACCAUAACAUAAGUUUUGUGCAUAAUGCCCUGACAUUGUCAUAGGCAACACUGACAAGCUGCCCCUGGUCCUGUAACUUCUUGUAGAGUACAUUCAGUUCCUGUGUAAUGUCAACAAGAAAAAUCAAGUCCAGGAGCCAUUUGUGAUCACUUAGUUCAGGGAAACACCCCCCACCCCCGUAAAUCCUUCUUCACGAAGGCUUAAAAUGCAAAAAUGUGUUCAGACAGAACAGUAGGCAGGAGUAGGCAAUAUUUAUGAAUUUUUGAAGCAAAGGAAGAUGCUAUUGUAGGGAGGAUGAAUUUUGAUUCUUUUUAUUGUAGAAAAGGACUUUUUGACUAACCCUAUUUUGAAAUGAAACCAAGCUCACAUGCUUGAAAUUUUCCCUAACUCGUUAACAGUAGGGGCAAUCUUAAUAGGGAAUCUUUGAUACUGUGUCAGAUUGCUACGAUUUACACACUUAUGUUUGUGCAUUAACAACUAACGGAAAUGUUAAACUUUUAUCAAAACCGCACUUUGGCCAUGUUCGUCUCAUAUAAUGAUACAAAAUAAAAACUUUUAGCCCCGGUUUUAAAACGGUUUUUACCAUUUUAAUCAACGUCCAAAUCUAUGCAAACAUAAUAAAAAUUAGAAUUAGUCUAGUCGGUGAGAUUAGACUGAAACCGUCGCGGAGGGUCACAUUAUAGAUAUGAGAAUAGGGAAAACUCACGGGCAGCAUUACACUAAACUUUGCUGUCAAUUGGCGGGUCGCAAAAUAUAGUCUUGUGGGCCGCAAAUGGCCUGCGGGCCGCGAGUUUGAGACCCCUGACAUAAAUUUAAAAAAACAAUAGUAAAGUUGGUAAUGAUGAAGUUUAAAAAGCUUGCACAUUCCUAAAUUGGUACAAAUUUGAUAAAAUCCAAUAAAAAUAAUAUUUUCUAUAUUAAAACAAUCUAGAGAGCAUACUUUGUUAGUGGAUUUCUAAAUUAUCAGUAAAAAAAAAGCCAAUUAAAGGUGAAUUGGCUUAUUAGCUAAUAAGGCUAUAAACAUACACUAUAUUUUACCUAUAUUUCCGAGAAUAUAAACAAGGGAGGUUUUAUACAAUUACAUUAUAAAUAAAUUUUGGGGGGGAAAUAUUACAAUAAACUUCUGAUAAUGCAAUUACAUUAUUUGGUCAAAGAAAGUGAAAUAACAGCAUAUGACCUUUCUGUCAGAAUUGCGCCGGUAUUGUUUUGGUGUUAUGUUUGUUGAUUAUUUUAGGUGUACACCUGCAUUAUGUGUGUGUCACACUCUUGUUGCAUGUAUGCUUGCAUUUUAAUUAAUUCUUCCUCUCAAAUAGCUGUAACUACAGCUAAUAAAAUAAAACAGCCAGAGCCCAUGAAGAAAAUGGAAAGUGACGAAGCUGAUGGGGAUAGUCCUAACGUUCAAAAUGAUAUAAAUCAAGGGGAAAGUGAUUAUCUUACUGAUAAAGAUGAUGAAAACUUGAAUGAUAGGGAUGAGAAACUUGUUAUUCCAAAUGGGAAUGAGAAAGAUCAGGAUAAUGACAGUGAUGAGAAUUUUCCUAUUCCUCAUGAAAAUGAGAAAGAUCAGGAUGAUGAAAGUGACAAGAAUCCUAGUAUCUCAAAAGAGAAUGAUGAGAGGGAUGAAAAAGAUCAGGGUGAUGAUAGUAAUGAGAAUCCUAUUAUUCCAAAUGAGAAGGAUCAGGAUGAUGAAAGUGACAAGAAUUCUAUAAUUCAAAAUUUAAAAGAUGAGAAAGAUCAGGGUGAUGAUAGAGAUGAGAAUCCUAUUAUUCCAAAUAAGAAAGAUGAGGAUAAUAAUGAGAAUCCUAUUAUUCCAAAUAAGAAAGAUGAGGAUAAUGAUAGUGAUGAGAAUUCUAUUAUUCCAAAUGAGAAGGAUCAGAAUGAUGAAAGUGACAAGAAUCCUAUCAUCCCAAAUGAGGAGGAUGAGAAAGAUCAGGAUGAUGAUAGGGAGGAGAAUCCUAUUAUUCCAAAUGAAAAAAAUGAGGAUGAUAAAAGUGACAAGAAUUCCAUUAUUCCAAAUGAGAAAGAUGAGGAUGAUGAUAGUGAUGAGAAGUCAAUUGCUCCAAAUAAAAAGGAUGGGAAAGAUCAGGGUGAAAACAUUGACAAGAAUCCUAUUAUUCCAAACGAGAAAGAUCAGGGGGAUGAGAAUCCUAUUAUUCCAAAUGAGAAGGAUGAGGAUGAUGAAAGUGAUAAGAAGACUAUUAUUCCAAAUGAAAAGGAUGGGAAUGAUGAUCAGGAUGAUGAAAAUUCUGAAGAGCAAAAUGAAAGUGAUGAAGAAGAUUUAUUUGGAAAAGCUGAGAUAGUGACAGAAAAACAAGAUCAACUUAAUAGACAAAAGAACACUUACCAGAGCAGUGAGAAAUCAAGAAUAGAGGGAAGGAAUGAUGAUAUUCCGGACUUGAACGAGGACAGUGAAAGAUCAUCUCACGAAAAAACAGAUUCUGGCAGGAUUAACAGGGAGCCUGAAAAAGUCAAGUCUGUAACUGAUGGUGAGUUGUGGGGGCUCACUGAUCAGAGUCAGACAGAGCAGUAGCUCUGUAGCUCUCCUUUAUUGUUUACAUUUGGAAAACUAUGCUUGCAUUAACUUAUUAACUCCUGGGGCUAUAACUAUGGCAAAUACUACUCGACUCUACUUUUUAUCAUCAGAUCUCUGUUUAACCAUUACUCUUCUAAGCAUAUUUUCACUUUGCUUACUCACUGUUGUGGCUUUGCUUGCAUUCAUUCGUCUACUUAAAAAAAUGUAUUUACUAAUACUUAAAAGGUAGCAAAUUUUUUUACUUCUUAAUCACAUUUAUGUUAGUGACCACAGAGUGAAAUUAUUGCACAUAGUUUUCUUGGAGUGAGUGCUUAAUUUUGUACAGGUUUCCAUAUGUGCAGGUAGAAUUGUACAUUUAAAUAACUUAUAGGCUGAAGUUCUUGCAGCUUAUAUUUUUUUACUGACUGCCUUCUUCAAACCACUACAAAAUUCAACAUUAAUUAAUGAAUUAACUAUUUUUAACCUAAAAAAAAGCAUAUGCUUGAUUGUUUUUAUAUUAACUUCAUAUGAGUGAUAUAAUAAUAUAUAUACACACACACACAAGCACAUAUAUAUAUAUAUAUAUAUAUAUAUACAUACAUAUUUGGUUUUGGAAUAUCACAUGCAAAACGCAUGUACCUGCAGAUCAAACAAAAUUUACACAUCUUUAUAUUUAUUCAUAUAGUAAAUACCUAAAUAUAUUAAUUAAAUUUUUUAAUUGAAAGCAUCUAAUAUUUAAAAAAAAAUGUUUGAAUUUCAAUUAAUUGUUUCCAGUUAGCAAAAGUUUAGCCUUAUGUAGAGAAUAAAUCCCAAGAUUUAAUCUUGAGAAAGUUGCUUGCCAACCAGGGCUGGAUUAAGCUACACGGGGCCUGUAGCAUAUGUUGAAAAAGGGACCCUAUAUUAGAAAAAUUAUAUUCAUGUUGUUAUUAAUUUGAUUCAUUACACGAAAUGACAAGGCGCUGAAGAUGGCAUCACAAGAUCAUUGGUUUCACUCUGGCAUUAGAGAUGACAAAAAAUUAUGUUGAUAUUUAUUGGCGAGGAGCUCAUUAGCAUAUGCUACUAUUCCUACUAUGUUAAUCCGGCUCUGGGGCCUACUUUCACAUAAUUGAUUGUAAAUAAAGUAUUUUCCAGUGUAUAAGACGACUGGGCGUAUAAGAUGCCCCCCUACUUUUCCUGUAAAAUAUAGGGUUUUGUCUAUACUUACCGUAUAUGACUUCCUCUUCCAACACACACCAAAUAAAAAUUUAAAAAACAUCAGAAAGGAAGGAUAAGACAAUAAACCCAUGGGAGCUGCCAUGCUGUUUGUUUUUUAAACUGUCAACCAAACUGGAACUAGAGGGCUCAUGUCCCUGAAGUUUCAGCACGCAGUAUACUAGCUUAUAAGAAGACCCCAGGCAUAUAAAACGACCCCCGACUUUUGAAAAGAUUUUCAUGGGUUAAAAAGCCGUCUUAUACGCUUUUUUUUUUUUUUGAAAUAGGAUUGUGCAACAUUUUAUUGUCCGUUUGUUAUGUAUUUUUACUUUUUAUUGCGAAUAUAUUUGUUACUAACUAAAAUUAAUAUUCAUUUUAAUUAAUUUCCUCUGCCUUUAAAUUAAAUAGGAUAUGAGAGACUGUCAUUUAUUUUUCACAAUUUAUUGAUCAUGAUACGUGAGUUAGUGAUAACAUAGCAGUAAACUUCUUUCAAAGUUAUCAUUGUCCCUGUAUUGAGUAUUUCGAAACAGCUGGUGAAACCUGUAUUGAUUUUUAGACUUAUUAAAUUUGUCCUACAUUACAGGAAGUACUUGAAAGUCACAUAAGGUGUGGCUAUAAAAUGUUCUCUCAAUCACCAAGUCAUUGGUUACCUGUGCAAUAAUCCCUUAUAAAUCUUUAAAAAUACAUUAUAUUAUUUAAUUCUAAAUAAAUACUUACACAUUUUCUUGAUAGUUACAUUUAUAUAUAUUUCAUUAAAAUUUAUUCUUAAUGAGUGAGUUAUUGAAUUUCUUCAUGAAAUUAAUUGUAUAAUGUUACUACAUCAAUAGUUGUAAUAAUUGUCUGGUUAAAUAUGCACAAUCUUUUCAUAAAUUAUAUUACAAAAGGAGAAAGGAGGUUCUUAUUGUUUAAAUAAUUACAUUGUUUUUAUCUUCAGUGUUAAACUUUGAAGUAAUCUAUACAUAGAUUUGAACAAUUAUGUUGUGAAAUAAAUUGUUUGAGGAAAUGUUGAUGAAAUCAUUGAAAAACAAAUUUUGGAUUGUUCUUUUUUUAGUUGACAUGGAGAAUCCUGAUGAUGAAGAUAAUGAAAUCUACAAUGAUCCAGAUGAUGGUAAUUUUUUAUUAGCUUAAUCUUGUUAUAUAGAGGUUGGUCACAUAUAUAUAACUGACAACACUGCAGCAGGUCAGAGAAAAUAGCCCUGAAUUGAAAUCAAGGACCAGAGCUCUUGGUGGCUCACAUUUCCUUGAUCCCAGUCCCCAGAGAAGACACAUUGUUUGUACUUUGGGAGCAUUCAGGAAGGCCUUGACAGGACCAGUAAAUAAGACCCUACUUGUAAUCUCUUUCUGCAAGCUUCGGGUGAAAUGUAAAUUAGUAAUGCUGCAUUGAUGUUUGUCUGAUACCAGGGGAUAAAUAAGUAGUAAAUACCAAUGUUUGUCUGAUACUAUGCGAUAAAUAAGUAUUUUAAUGAAAAUUAUUGCUCUAUUCCAGAGACAUGUUACUUUAAUAAGCAACAUCUGUUAACUGUUGCUAUUUGUAAAGAUAAGUUUUUCACUGUUGAAAAGUAUCAGCAGAUGAUGUCAGUGAACAAAAUGCAUAGUUGAAUAGAUCGUGUGCUGUGUCUUUGAGAAGCCAAAAUUUGUUUACAGGCACUGGUGUCUAGGCUUCGGUCAUGCAUUGGUGCUUCUAAGUUUGCAGUUCAUAAAGCUGUGCAAAUGAUUUGGAUCAGUGACUUUUUAUAAUACUGUUGAUUCCAUAUCAGCUGAAGGAACAUUUUUAGCUUCACCAGCUGUGUUAAUGUAUAAAAUCUACCAGCUGUAUUAACAUCUAAAAUCUACCGGCUGUAUUAACAUCUAAAAUCUCCCAGCUGUGUUAACAUCUAAAAUCUCCCAGCUGUGUUAACAUCUAAAAUCUCCCAGCUGUGUUAACAUCUAAAAUCUCCCAGCUGUGUUAACAUCUAAAAUCUACCAGCUGUGUUAACAUCUAAAAUCUACCAGCUGUGUAAACAUCUAAAAUCUACCAGCUGUGUUAAGAUCUAAAAUCUACCAGCUGUGUUAAGAUCUAAAAUCUACCAGCUGUGUUAAGAUCUAAAAUCUACCAGCUAUGUUUACAACUAAGAUAAGAUAAGAUUCUUUAUUGAUGCAAAUAAAUGGAAAUGUAUUUUGAUUACAUUGUACAUAUUCAUUUUCAGCACUUAAAAAAAUACCUAUUUAGACCAAUGUAACAUUUUAAAAUUGUAACAGUUUAAACACAAGACAUCUAAAGUAUUUCUUUACCAUAGAAAAUCAGCCAUAAAAGAACCCCAUUAGUGAUCAUUUAGAUUUGGUAAUCGCUGGGGGAAUACACUGGUCAAAUUUGUACGGGCUGGGGGGAAAAAAAUGAAUUUUGUUCAUCUUUCUGUCCUAACUUUAAGAGAAAGAAUUGGCCCUUAUCGACCUGAUCUUAGAUAUCUGUGGUGAAGUGGGUGGGUUGUAUUAUCCAAAAUUUUUAAAUUAGCAUUUUUCUUCAAAUAGUUCAUGAAGUGAAGGAUGUUUAAUUUGUGUGGUAUUACUAGCUUUCUUCAUUAGUCUAUUUAAUUGGAGUUUGAUGUCAGACGAUGAAUUCUUACACCAGCUGGUAAUACUGAAGUUCAGCAGGCUUCAAAUUGUUGCACUUUAGAAUAAGUUAAUUGCUUGUUUGUUUAUGCCAAAAUUGUACAAUUUUAAAAAUCUACCAGCUGUGUUAAAAUCUAAGAUCUACCAGCUACGUUAACAUCUAAGAUCUACCAGCUACUGUAAAAAUCUAAGAUCUACCAGCUACGUUAACAUUUAAAAUCUACCAGCUACGUUACAAUCUAAAAUGUACCAGCGGUGUUAACAUUUAAAUUACUUGACAUAGCCUGCCAAACAUUGGUGACAGCAAUGCGUAAACUUCCAAUCUACUUAAAUUACUUGACAAAACAUUAACUCAAGUAAGCACAAUUAAGAAUCCAAAUUUUACACCCCUUCCCCCCAUGAUAUGUCACUGAACUCUUUUUAUUUCAGGCCCAUGAACUAUAUUAAAUAUUCUGAUGUACCAAACACUUUUAAACCAAAUAUUUUUUACACCAUACUUAAAUUGUGACGAUUUCAUUUUCCGAAAAGAAAAUAUUACGCUCCAAACGCAGUUGCGUUAUUAACAAAAUAUAUAUCAUGUAGUUAUCAGGAAUUAUAUUUUGUACAGUAAACUCAUUGUUAAACCAUACUUUCUUUCAAACAAAUAAAAUUAUUUGUAAUAUACUCUCAAUACCAAAUACUCUGAAUCCAUAGGAAGCAGUAAAAAAUGGAAGCAGUCCAUAGGUCACACCAGAAGCGUAAUAUAUAAAAGAGAUUCUGCCUGCUGUGUUAACACUUAAAUAACAUCAGCAGCAUAAAAACUUAAAUAAUACCAGCUUUGUAAAAUAUAUUUUAACUAAACCAGCUUUGUCAAGAUGUAAGGUGACAGAAAGGUUUCAUAUAUAUAUAUGUAUAUAUAUAUAAAUGUAUGUGUUUGUGUAUAUAUAUGUAUGAAUAUCCAUUUAUUAAUGAACAUGAUCUUACACUUAUUACUGUUCAUGAUCUUCCAUUUCAUUAGUUGUUGCUAAGAACGAACAUGAACAUCUCAACGAAGAUAUUGAUGAUACCAAGACUUUCAUCCCCACAAGAAUAGAUGAGCCUGAUGGUGAUGACAAUGAUGAUGAAAAUAAUCAAGAAAAAGAAGUUACCCCCGAAGCUGAUAGUGAUGAGGAUGAAGAUUAUGAAUUGUCUAAGUGGUCUAAACAAAAACAAGAGGGAAAUGGUAAGUUAAAACCAGAUUUGUUUUAUUACAUAAGAUGUUCUCCGUUAAAUCAUGUUGAAAUGUUUGCCCACUAUAUCACGAGGAAAGCUUUUAAAUUUAGUAAAUCGUAAUACCAAUGAUAAACAAGUUCUAACCCAGGUCUUUGGAUUGGAUCCAUCCAUCCAUCCAUCCCUGUGGCGCUAAAGUCCAUAUAGGGCUUUGACUUGCCUCAACACUUACUUCCACAAAGACCUAACUGAUCAUUUUCUUUUCCAUGCCGUUUUCCUCUGGGGGUUCGGUGGUUCACACUCUUUUCAUUCUUCUGUCAUUAGGCAUUUUUUCAAAGUGUGCCGCUCAGUGCAGCCUGUCCUUUUUUUAUUUCUGCUAUUAGCGUGGGAUCCUGAUAUAGUCCAUACAGUUCCUUGUUGUUUUGUACUCUCCGACCAUAUUGAUAUAUUGUUAGUCCAUAUAUUUUCUGGAGAACUUUUCUCUCCCAUAUGUUAAAUAUGUAUUUCUACCGUCAUUUAAUGGUCCAAGUUUCACUUGCAUAUUUUACUACUGGUCUGGUUAUAGUUUAUGUAUAGUUUUCCUUAGAUUACUUAGACACUAACAAUUUGUGUCAACCUAACAAUAUAUGUUAAGCUUUAAUAAUACACAAGUAAACAUUUCGGCACAUGCCUUUAUCAGUAUAACAACAAAACAUUUAAAUAAGCAUAAAUAAAAUUUACAUAAUAUAUAAUAUAUAUAUAUAUAUAUACAUAUAUCCUACCUAAAAAAAGAGAAAAAAGGGAGUGGGCGCACAAACCAGACAGAGACAAAGUCAAGAAGAAUGGAAACGAAGUGAUUUGAAACAAAAUGUAAAAAACCAAACAGGAAAAAGACAUGGAAGCUACGUAAAAUUGUGGAUUUGGUUUAUAAUUAGCUAAUAUAAUUGCUUUUCUUGUAAUGUUUUGACCUUUUACUUUAAUACUUCAGUAGUCAGAAAAUACUCAAUUUAUUUAUUAAGGAUCCUAGAUGUUUGAAUUGAUUCACUUUUUCAAACUUUGGUUUCUAAUUUUAAUGGUUUUAAGCAUCUGUUCUUCUCUGUUGUUUAACCCAUUCAAUACGUUACAAUUAUUAUUCAAUGGAAUGUAGUAAAAUUAAGGGACUAAAAUUCCAUUCGACCUGAUUAUUUUUAACUUAAAAUCCCCGCUUUCUGUUUAUCAAACCUUUGUCAUGUAGCAUAUCAAAAUUUAACUAAUUGAGCAAGGAAAAUGUUUUUAUUAUAAAAGAGCGAUAAAAAAUUAUAUAGAGAAAAACUUUAGGGGUAAUAUGUAAAAGUAACAAUGAAAAAAAAAAUAAAUAAUUCUACUCGCCAACCCAUAAAUCAGGUAAGAAUAAUCCAAUCAAGACAAUUUUUUCAACAAAUGAGCCUUGUUAUAUAUCCUUGUUAAGUAUCGGGAAAGUUUUGUUGUAAUAGCUCAAGAAAUUGCCAAAUUAUGAAUUUUUUCUCAACACAAUAGUCUUGAAUAAAUGUUCCAAGAGUUAAUAAUAAAAAUAACUAUUCGGGUCUGUUACACACAUAUUUACACAUAUUUAUAUGGUUUGUAAACUAAUCAGGCCGUCAUUAUGAAUGAAAGGCCUUGAAGCAUCCUUUAGGAUGAAGGUGAGCUUUGGCCUCACAACCAGUGCAAUAAAAGUGUGUGCGUAUCCGUUUAGUCGCAGUAGAGCAAUAGGCACAAGAUCGGUCAUGUUCUUUGUAAUUGAUGAUGUGUUGCGAUUCAUUUGUCUUUUCAAGGCAACAGGUUACUUUCUGACCUAGCUUAUCACAGCCCUUUUUGUUAUUGUAAAUGUGAAUCAUUUCAGGUUUGUCAUAUGUCUUGGUUUCGGUAGUAUGUAGUCUUGCUUCAGUUGACACUAGGUAGUAUGUACACUUGCAUCAGUUGACACUAGGUAGUAUGUUCCCUUGCAUCAGUUGACACUAGGUUGUAUGCUCCCUUGCAUCAGUUGAUACUAGGCUAUAUGUUCCCUUGCAUCAGUUGACACUAGGUAGUAUGUACUCUUGCUUCAGUUGACACUAGGUAGUAUGUACUCUUGCAUCAGUCGACACUAGGUAGUAUGUACUCUUGCUUCAGUUGACACUAGGUAGUAUGUACUCUUGCAUCAGUUGACACUAGGUAGUAUGCACUCUUGCUUCAGUUGACACUAGGUAGUAUGUACUCUUGCAUCAGUCGACACUAGGUAGUAUGUACUCUUGCUUCAGUUGACACUAGGUAGUAUAUACUCUUGCAUCAGUCGACACUAGGUAGUAUGUACUCUUGCUUCAGUUGACACUAGGUAGUAUGUACUCUUGCAUCAGUUGACACUAGUAUUACUUUCUUUUUGGCCUUUUUAUCUCUGAAUGUAACACAAAUGUGUUGUAAAGAUAACGACUUUACCUCCAGUGGAAAGCCAACAAGGUUAAUGUUUAGAGUUCCUGGAUAAUAUUGAUUUUUAGCAAGGAGAUAGUCAAUGAGUUUUCUGGAGGUGUAGUGUCUGUCAGCAAAAAUUUUGUGACCAGUUCCCACAUGUUGAAGCAAAGUAUGAAAAACCUGGACAGCUUGUCCUCCAUCUUUAUCCACUUCUGGGUUGUGUGAAGUAUUUGCACCAGAAAAAGUCAAAAUGUCUACAACAUAAUCAGUGGAGGAAUCGCACAGACCAAAUGUUUUCUUAUGUUGUACUUGCUUACUGGCUUUUUAUUGUUUAAACUGCCACCUACCCUUAUAGACUAUCACCAUUUCAUCUACACUGAGUUCCUGAAAGGGGUAAAAUGCAUUUCUGAACUUAUUCAGGAGUAGGUUAAUAAAAGGUUCAAUUUUAUCUUUGCCUUCGGAUGUUUCAUGGCCACUGUGUCGCAUGGAGUGAUAAAUGUCCUGAAACCUCUGUCUCUUAAAUACAUGGUGUAUCCAAGGGAUGUAGGAUUCAGCCGACAUAGUCCAGUAAUCCACAAGAGCUGGCCUUUUAUACAUGCCCAUUUCAAUCAAAACGGCUAUGAACUUAUCCAGUUCAUGUCUAGAAAUGUCCUUCCAUCGGCUAAAUACAGAGUAUCUAAGUGCAGGUGUGUUAACUUGUACUUUUCUUUUGGCAUAAACAUUUACUGAUUCAACAAUGUAAUCCUUUACGUUAUCAAAUAAUGCAUUGAAGAAUUCAAUAGGAGUAGGGUUUUCAAUAUUUUGUAACGUUGGAAUAACUCCAGAAGUUAAAGUGGGUGAAGUCGAAAAUAGUUUUCAGUUUUGUCUAGUUAUAACUUCUGACCACCCAGACUCUGUAGUCGGAUUAGAGUUAGACCUGUGCAAUGCAUUAUGAGCUAAGCCUAAGCCUGCUGUAACUGUAGAACUAGGUCCAGUUGAUGAACUAGAUGUGAUAUUUUCCUUUCACUUUUCCUUUCCCCAUGCCCAAUUUUGGUCUCCAUGUGGCUGGAAGAAUAUAUUCCUCAUCACUACUAUCAAAAACCAAUCUCUCAUCCAGAUCCGCAUCGUCAUAUUUGUUUUCAUUCAAGUCCCAUCACUCAUCCAAGCUAAUUAAUUGUCUUGCUUCUUCGGCAGUCAUACAUCUAAAUCUCCAGUGAGCAGACCUAAUAUUAGUAUUAGUACCACUUGUCCAAGCCAUUUCAAUCAGCUGUUAGUUUACAUUUUUGGAACUUGAAAAAACUAGCAAAUAAAAAGAUCCAAUGGAAAAUUCACAGCGGAAGUUGAAACUCUUCAGAAUAAAAGUUUGUAAAGCUAUAAUAAAAUAUUUGACUGUAAAAGUUAAAACACUAAAGGAAUGAAACAAACCAAUGAUGACACACUCUGCGGCAAAACGUAUCCAAUGGGUUAAUGUUAUGUGCCUUAUUGUUGUCAGUUUGUUGGGUAUGCCAAACUGCUGCAGUCUCGUAUAGAUAUUUCCUUUUGAUGCUGUCAUAGGCCAUUUUAUAGUCCCUUAGAGUUGAUGUACAGUGAUAUUAUUUUUGGAACAUUUCUCUAAUCAGUAUCUGAUGUUGAAAAUCUGAUCAGUCAUUGAUUGGUUUUGUCUAAAUCCACAUUGGUAGUCACCUAUGAUUUCUUCAGUGUAAGGUUGUAGUCUUUCGACAAUUUUUCUUCUUCAGUAUUCUGUAUGAAACAUUUAAAAAGGAAAUUCCUCUGUAGUUUAUGCAUCGAAGUUUGGAACCUUUCUUGUGUAAUGGGGUGAUUAGUGCUGUUUCCCAUUCUGUUGGAAUUUUAUUUUUUUGCCAAAUCUUCAUCAUAAGUUUAUGUCUCUGUGUCUGGUUAUCUUCCUCCAUAUUUAAUAAUUUCUGCUGUGAUGAGGUCUUCUCCAGGGGCUUUGUGGUUUUUCAUAGAAUUGAUUACUUGUGUAAUUGAUUAUUCUAAAGUUUAGGAGGUUAUUAUUGAGUCUGGUCCUCAACAUUAAUUGGCUGUUCAAGUGAGAUUGUGGUGAUUUAAUUAAUUGGCUCUUGUAAUGAGAUUUUAAUGAUUGAAUUAAAUGGCUGUUGUAAUGAGAUUGAAACUAUUUUAAAAUAUGAAAUUAAAUAGAGGAGAGCAAGCAGGAUGAGGAGAGCAAGCAGGAUGAAGAUGCCAGUGAGAUACAUGGUCACAUGAUGGAGGACGUGGUGGAUGAAGAGAUGUUAAAGAAAAGCAAACAACCCACAGCGCCCUCUGGCAUGAUUCUUCUCUACACCUGGCUCAUUGUGGCCAUUCUCAUUAUUGUGGUCGGCAUCUCCACAUAUCAGGCACGCUGUAAAGGAUUCAAAGUGAGUUAACACCCCUUCUUAGUUAAAAUUAGCUUUUGUUUAAAAUUGUUCAUUUCAAUCCUGAAUAUUUCAACCCAGUUCAUCCCAACUGUGAAAAUGUGAAAAUGUCAAUCUUCUACUCUUAAAAAGAACUUACUGAUUGCUCAACACCAAAGCUGUCAUUGCUUAUGGCAAGACUCUCUUAUCUUUUUUUUUCCUCACUAUUACUAUAAGCAUAUUAUUGCUUUAAAAAAAAAAAAAAUCCUUUUCUUUUUUUAAAAAAAGUUUAGUUAAUGUAAUGGUUUUCACAAAAGACACUUUUUUUGGGUCUAAUUUUAAAACUUUUUUUUUUUCAGCUGCCAUUUUGGAAAAAAUCUGGCCCCUGUAAUGGAGAGGACAAAAAGCGCCUUUUGGAUCAUGAGUUUGUGUAAACAACAUGACUUGAAACAUGCAAGAAAAUGGUGCUUUAUUUUAUAAAUUAAUGAGUUUCAAUUGUUAAACUAUUCUAAAAUGUAAAGACGUUUAUUUAUGGCAAUAAUGUAAACAUGGAAAAACAUUACAAGAUUUCUUUAAAAAUUUUCUAUUUGUUGAAAUGAAGGAAAAGCUCAAGUAGAGAAAAUAAUCUCCUUGAGCUUUGAUCAACUGUAGUUUAACUGCACCAUUUUAUUUGUAUUAUCACAGAUCCAGUGAUAAUUAAUCAAAUUGAUUCAAUUUCAAGUCUACACUACUUAUAGAGCCUUUGCUACUGAAGACAGCUAUGCUAUAACUAUAGAAGUGGUUUAAACAUCUCAUAAUUUGAUACACAACUUAAUUGUUAGUAAAGUCGUUCAGACCUCUCUCAAUUUGAUACAGAACAGUUAAGUAUUUAACGUCUUCUUCUUUGUCUUUCAACUGGAGCCUAGGCCAUUAACUUUUUUCUUUCAACUCCCAGUAGAGCCUAGGCCAUUAACUAUUUCUUUCCUAAUUCUCAAAAUGCUCUUGAUUAAAUCUUCAGCUUGUGUUUCAACGAUUUAUUCCAUUUCCGUAUUAGAUGAAACCUCUACAAAUCAGAAAGGGCAGCUCUAUAAAGUGUGUAGAGCAUUUUAUGUAAAGUGUUAAGAAUCUCCUUUGAUAUUAAAAUGGAACUAUUUAUGAAACCUCAGAGGAAAUUAACACCAGAUGUCCUGAGUCAUGAAUAUGUUUUAUUACAAGUAAAUAUAAACAUCCAUUUUGAUUGUUUGCUGUACUGAAAACAAAAUUGAAACAUUGACCACUCAUUGCUAAUUGUUUUAAAUUGUAUGCAGUUUCCUAACAUUGAUGUUUUAGUGUUGAACUCAGCUUUUCUCAUGUCAUUGUAAACAUGGACCAAAGAAGCAACCCAAUUUGAAGAUUGUAAUGAAAGCAUACAACGGUUGCCAGGAAAUUGAAAACCCUUUAAUUUAAUAUUGAAUGAUUUUAUAACCCGUUGUUUAAACGAAGGCAUCUUGUCAAUACCUUCACAAAAUUUGACUUUAAUAUUGAUGUCAGUUUAGAGGCACCCCAUUGUUUGUAUGUUUUGUGAAGCACCAACAUUUAAAAUUGACCAGCGGACUACAACCUGUUUAGGGAAGUGAUGUAGAGAAAUAAACGUGUGGGUCAUUUUGAAACAAUCUCUAGUGUGUAUUCAAAAGUUCGUGUGUAUAUAAUCUUAGUUUCACAUUGUCAUAUAUUACAUCUAACAUUAUGGAAAUCCUCAUAACUGCUAAAUACAUAAUUUUAAAUAAAAUUAUACCCCACUCCGUACUUGUAUUUUUGCUAUUACAAUGAAACACUUGGGGUGAUGGAAAGAGUAAGGAGGCAUCAAAAACUCUUUAUUAGGAAAUGAAACCUAUCAUCAGAUGUGAAUUUUGAUAAGAAGGCAAUCAUCACAGUACGAGACAAUGUAAAGUCAUUUGAUGAUUUUGUUUCUUUUAUUAUGAUGAAUUUGUUAAUUGUUUGGCAUCUAUAUGACAUCACAUGAAGGUUGUGACAUUUUUUGUAGCCUUGUCAUUUCAUCAAAUUUUCUGACAUCAUAAAAAGUAGACGGAGAUAUUGGGGAGUGGGGGCUCUUGCGCUUGAUAGCGAGGUGAUGGACGAUGGGCUUCAUUUAUCAAUAAAUCAAUUUUUUUUAUUUAAUUAAGUUAUGGAUUUAAUAAACAUCUAUUCUUAGAAGCUGUAUUUCUUAUCUCAUUUCUAUUUUAUAUUUGAUGUACUUUCUAUUAUUCACCCAGGAACAAACUUUAAAAAUAAGUAAAAAGAGAGACAAGGUAAUUAGCCUUAUUUUAAGGUGGUUAUAAUUUUAUUAAUUAGUUGAAAAUCAUUUUUUUUAAAAUGUUGAACUCAUCUUUGUUAAAAAAUAAUCAGAAUAAUAAUAAAUAAGUGUCAUAUUUUAUGUUAAUGCAUUGUAUGGCUGAUAGCAGUAUUCUUUGUUAAGACUGAAUCUCCUUUGUAUGAGACAAUUUAAGUUUUAUAUAUAUUAAUGCACAGUAUUCCAGAAAAGCCAUCUCUAAUCUUUUCACUUAUUCUGUAUUUAUUGAUGGCCUGUUGACACUAUUGUUUCCUGAAUAUUGUAUUGAUUACCACUGCAUAAUAUCCAUUUUUUGUGUGGAGGAACAGAGCCAAGAAACAAUCUUUAAAUAACACAUACAUUACUUGUUGAGCUCGACUGAGCUAUCUCUAAUAUUUGUAAGUAGUACCGAUAACAUAAUGCAAUUCACAGAGAAAAGAGAGUUGCAACCGUUUAAAUAUUUUUUUUCCUGCAGCAAUCUUCAGAGGGUAAUUUCAUAUAGGGUGAUUAGAAAAUUUCUUCUGAUAUAAUUUUAUGAAGUGAUAUACUACAAUCCAUGUAUAUAUACUUUUGUUAUGGCUUUGUGAACUUUUCAAGUAUAUUUUAGUGUACAUCAAAGGUGUGUAAAAUAUUAAAGGGUUUUUUCAUUUUGUAA